AUGCACAACAUUUUUCUGGGAAUACUCAAAUAUCACGGUCAAUCACUCCUUGGAUUGCAUCUACCUCAAGAAAAGAAAUUUUCCAAGAAGGCACAGUCGAAACCUUCCAGCCCACAACCAUCCGAAGAUUAUAACCACGACCUUGACUUAGAGGAGCUUCAAAUUGAACUUGCGGAUAUCUUGUCCUCCGAAUAUCUUGAGGACCUUACUACUUGUGCGGAGUUGACGAGGGACACUCAUGAAAUUGAAAAUGCGGAUGUGAUUCCAGAUUCGGCUUCUGAUAUGGAUUAUUGUCCAGACGGAGUGGAUUCUAACGAUUACGAGUCUGGUGAUGAAGGGGAGGAAAACAGCGAGGUUGAGGACAGCGAUGAGGAUGAAGAUGCUAUUGGUCACCCUAGCAUGCUACUUAGAGACUCCAACAACAUGGAAUUGCUCCGUUCAGUAAUCGAUGGCAUUUAUUUACCUUCUUGGGUUGGAAGAGUUCCCCGAACAGUGGGUCAAGUUUGUGGGGGGAAGCUCAAAGCCGAUGAGUGGAUUGUCCUCUUUACCAUCAUUUUGGUGCCAACACUGGGAAUCAUUUGCACAUCCAAGGAUUGUUCGGGAUCUUUGGAAAUUCUACACAAUUUCCUUCAUUUAGUCAGUUCCGUCAACAUCAUCCGCCAGAGGCAAGUUCACACAUCAGAUGCCAAUCGGUUGCGAGGACAUAUUCAAAAAUAUCUAGCGGAAGUUUCGAGGUUGUUCCCCACUUUCAAGGCUAGACCCAAUCAUCAUUUUGCCAUCCAUAUCCCAGAGUGCAUUGCCCGCUUUGGAUCUGCCCCUUGGUGGACUGGUUGGGCAUAUGAGCGACUUAAUGGUGCUCUACGAGCUGCAAAUUCAAACAGACAAUUACGAGCCAUGGAUCUUACAUGCCUCAAGAAGUAUGUUAUGUCUUCAAACCUGAGGGCAGCUCUCCCCCAAUUAUGCGAAACACUUCCUGACGAAUAUGCAAAGCCAUUGCUCAAUACUUUGAGGAAUACAAACAGUUCUGGAACUCAUUCCCAGGCGAUGCUCAAUCCUGAAAAUUCUAUCGAACUUAUAUGGCGAGGAGAUGAAUUAGAAAAGCUUCCCCCCGGCUCACUAUCAAGGCUUAUCGAACGUCUUCGUGUGGAGGAAUAUCCAAUACAUCAAGCCAAAUCGUUGCGCACAAGAAAAGUGUCCCCCGAGGAAGUGAUCAUACCUCCUUGGGCUUAUUUCCUUAACAAUUUCGAAUAUCAGAACAGAAAAUACUGUACUAGAUCAACUCAUAUUGGAAACAGCUCGAUAUCAUACUACCGUCAUGGCUCAAGCCUCAGAUAA